AUGGUUCCGACAAGCCAAGAUCUCAGGCAGGAUCAAUCAAGAGAGGGCGAUCCUGCUCCUAGAUAUUGGCGCCGAGGUAUCAAUUACGAGCAAAGAACAAACCAGAUCAAACUCGAAUCCGGCAAAGGCUUCGUCGCAAAAUCCCAGAUCCACCCGACCGAGGGUUUCGAACUACGAUAUCCGUCGGCGGGAGGAGCAGCAGCGAACCCCCCACAUGGUGCCGAGGCCGAUGAUGAGAUUAAUUACCAUGAGAGUGGUGAUCUCUCAGCUGAAGAUCCCGAAGAAAACCGACCCGUCCUCCCCGAAAUUCCGAUCUCGACGACCGCGAAAGUCAGCAUCGAGGAUCUGCAGAUGGGAGACUCCGGAUCGGCCACAUCCGAGGAGAUCGAGAAGCUCCGACAUAUCAUUUGGAAGAAACAACACCUCGUGAUCGGCAAAGAGAAUGCCCUACCUCCAGCGACCAGGGGCGUUAUAUGUGGUAUCAAUUUUGGGAACGCGAAACCGAUAGCGCUGCGAUCACGGAAAGUUCCCACGCGAUUUCGAGAAAAAGUUGCGGGUCUGAUCAAGGGUCUCCUAGCAGUCGAGAUCAUCCGACCCUCAACAUUGCCAUGA